UCAAAGAGUCUGCGCCUAGUUCUGCUCAACUCGCCACCAUUAUAAUAUACACAUUUUCUUAGAGCAGCAUGCAGCAGUGCUAAUGGACCGAGUCGUUUAAUUUGCUCCACACGGUGCCUCGAAGCUUUCUCCUUGGCCUCGACCAAUCAUGGCAUUGGCACUGCCAGUGAAAGGGUCCUGGCUGGUGAGGAGCUUUCCUAAGCCUAGGUAUGCUUCUGCGCUGCCUGUGGCCAACCGGCAAAAAGUCGUGAGGGCUGUGGCAUCGCCUUCAACUGCUGUGUGGGCUUGGCCGACGCUACUGGUCUUGGGUCUCAACCUGGGUCGCCUGAAGAGGAUGUUUCGGCCUCCGGGUGUGCAACGACUUCUUUGGAGCAGUUGGCUUUGGGUGCCAUUGUCCCUGGUCACCGUCUUUGACACCAGUGGCAACGCCGUGGGCUAUCCAGUGUUCUUUGCCUUUGUCCUUACUUACAUGCGUGACCGAAACGGCGUGAUUGCUGGCGAUUGGAAAGAGGCUUUCGCAACCUUUGCCUUGGUUGUCGCUGCUCUGUGUGUUGGAGUUUGGGUGGGUGACAUUCCGUCCUAUUUCCUCCCAAUCAGAAGAUCGUGGCAUCUGGUUGUGAAGCUUCAGCGCUUCAAGUGCCUGAGCAUAUGCAUCUGGCUAUGGCUGUUGACUCUCUUCUUUCGAGUGUACCGAUUGGUCGACUGAGCUGGAGCCGCAGCGAACAACAGGACUGUGGACAUUGUGGUGAGCAUGGCUGGCACUCAUCUGGGAUGUGGGAACCAGGUUGGGAUCACAUCAAGAAGAUCACCUGUCACUGGCUAGACGGCUAGACAGCUUGAGCAGGUCAAGAUUUGACUGAGAUUUCGUCGUUCCACGAGCUGGGCCAUUGGAGCCGGGAACGAUUCCGCCAUGACACUUCGUAGAGCGCUUGAAAAUCUUCACAAGGUAUUUCCUCGUGAGCCCUUGUUGUCAGCUUGCAGGCCGAGAAGUCAAAAUGCACCGCAGUCGGAGACAAAA